CCUGCGGACCCAGACAUGCUGCCCCUGCUGCUGCUGCUGCCCCUGCUGUGGGGGGGGUCCCUGCAGGAGUAUCCAGGGUACAAACUACAGAUACCAGAGUUGGUGACGGUGCAGGAAGGCCUGUGUGUCAUUGUGUUCUGCGAAUUCUUCUAUCCCCGGCAUGUAUCAUUUACCACUGACCAACUCUGUAUCUACUGGUACUGGACUGGGGACAACACAUACUCAAACCGUCUUGUGGCCACAAACUGCCAAAACCUAGUAGUGAAGACAGAGACCCAGGGCCGAUUCCACCUCCUUGGGGACCCCAAGACCAACAACUGCUCCCUGAGCAUCAGAGACGCCAGAAAGAGUGACACAGGGAUCUACGAGUUCCGAGUGCGGGGACAAUAUGUACAAUACUCCUACCGAACUCAGCUGAACUUGCAGGUGACAGACCUGACAGAGAAAGCCGACAUCCACAUUCUGGAACCUCUGCAGUCUGGCAGCCCCACGAACCUGACCUGCAGCCUGCCAGGAUCCUGUGAUGGGGGGAGACCGCUCACCUUUUCCUGGAUGGGGGAUGCCCUUAACAUGCUGGACCCUAGUACACUCCAGUCCUCGGUGCUCACCCUCACCCCGAGGCCCCAGGACCACGGCACCUACCUCACCUGUCAAGUGAAACGCCGGUGACCUCAGGUGACUACGGAGAGGACCAUUCGGCUCAAUGUCUCCUAUGCUCCACAGAACCUCACCAUCAAAAUCUUCUUCCAAAACGGCACAGUCCUCAAGGUCAUGGGAAACACCAUACCCCUUCCCAUCCUGGAGGGCCAGUCCCUGCGUCUGGUCUGUGUUGCUGACAGCAACCCCCCUGCAGAGCUGAGCUGGUUCCAGGGAUCCCAAGCCCUGAAUGCCUCCCCCGUCUUCAACAUGAGUGACUUGGAGCUGCCUCCAGUAAGAACUGGAAAUGAAGGAGAGUUCACCUGCCAAGCUCAGAACUCCCUGGGCUCCCAGCAGGUCUCUCUGUGCCUCUCUUUGCUCUAAAACUCCUUUUGCUGCACCUGUUUCACUAAGGUGAAGGAGGGCUCCUGGCCCCUUGUCCUCACCCUGAUCAGGGGGGCUGUCAUGGGGGCUGGCUUCCUCCUCACCUAUGGCCUCACCUGGAUCUACUACACCUGGUGUGCAGGCACUCAGAGGAGCAGGGCUGACUGAGCCCCCUUCCUUCUCAAGACGGGGCUUAAGUGUGGACAUGGAGCCCAGAGUAACAGGCAUGGGGACAUCACUGUCACUGUCUCCCUGGAAACUCUUGGUCCACACUCCCACCCACUGCCCCUUUGCUUUGUGCCUAUCCCACUUCCCAUGUACUGUCCCCAU